AAAAACAGCAUAAACAGCUACAAAGUGUUGUGUUUCCUCCUCAUCGAAGUGAAGUCGAAAUCGAGCAAAAUCCAUAGCCAUCAUCCAAAGAAUCAAAAGAUGAACACAGACAUUACGGCGUCGGCUAAACCAGAGUACCCCGUUAUAGAUCGGAAUCCUCCCUUCACCAAAGUCUGCGGCAAUUUCAAUACCCUCGAUUACCUCCGUUUCGUCACCAUCACCGGCGUUUCCGUCACCGUAGGCUACCUCUCCGGGAUAAAGCGUGGAUUGAAAGGACCGUCAAUGGUGACGGGAGGGCUGAUAGGACUAAUGGGGGGUUUUAUGUACGCUUACCAGAACACUGCGGGUCGACUCAUGGGAUUCUUCCCUAAUGAUGGUGAGGUCGCUCUGUACCAGAAACGUGGAUUCAACAAAUAGUUCUUUUUUUUUAAUCAAAACGAUUUGGGAUUAUUUGAAUGAUUGUCAAUAACCAGAUUGCUUCAGCUGGUUUCAUUUUGCUCUCAUUUCAAGUCUUGAUUGUCAAAAAAAAAUUAACUUAUGGAUCUAAGUUCCAAUUUGCCAAUGAAUUUGAGUAGUAUCUUUGCUUC